CCUUCAAAAAUAAAUCAAAUUCGGCCUGAGCGACUCCACCUUGUAGUGGUAGCUCAUAACACAGAAACAUAAACAUAAACAGAUCCAUUUCACUUCACUCUCUCAAUUUUCAGAUCUCUUCGUUUAAUUUAAAUUCACAGUUGAUACAAAAAUGGCGGCAGGAGGAUUUGUUAGCCGAGCAUUCGAGUCUAUGCUUAAGGAAUGCUCGAGCAAGAAGUAUCCCGAUCUUCAGAAGGCAAUUCAAGCUUAUAUCGAGGGUAACAAAGUGGCAAGUCAGCAAUCUAAAUCUAAUGAGACUGAGACGAAUCAAGCAGCAUCAUCAGCUGGAACUGAGGGUUCAGUUGAAUCUGAUAGUGGAGCUGUCAAAACUGAAACACAAUUAGAUCAUUCACAAACAGCACCUCAUACUUCUGAGGCACCUCUUGGUAAGCAGACUGGCAAUGGUGGGAACAUAACAGCUGCCUUAGCAAAUGCCGGAAGUACAUUAGAAGGAUCUGAUGUAGAGCUUGUACUGAAUCCACUCCGUCUUGCUUUUGAGACAAAGUAUUUGAAAAUCCUAGAACCUGCUUUGGAUUGUCUUCAUAAAUUGAUCGCUUACGAUCAUUUAGAGGGAGAUCCUGGUUUAGAAGGUGGUAAAAAUUCUCAGCUGUUUACUGAAAUUUUGAACAUGAUUUGCAAUUCUGUCGAUAACUCAUCACCUGACAGCACGAUUUUGCAAGUGUUAAAGGUACUUCUCACUGCAGUGGCAUCUGCAAAAUUUAGAGUACAUGGGGAGCCUUUGCUGGGAGUGAUCAGAAUUUGCUAUAAUAUCGCCUUACACAGCAAGAGCCCCAUAAAUCAAGCCACAUCAAAGGCAAUGUUGACACAAAUGAUUAGCAUCGUAUUCAGAAGAAUGGAAACUGAUCCUCAAAAUCAGGUUUAUACUUCAUCUAGUUCGGCCGAAACUACAGAAGCCUCCUCGACAGAGAAAUCACAUGUGAAAGCAGAAGAAGCUUCUAAGGCAGACCAAAAUGAGGAUGGAAUGACUUUGGGAGAUGCGCUUAACCAGAUUAAGGAGACAUCUCUUGCAUCUGUUGAGGAACUCCAAAAUCUUGCUGGCGGCGCUGAUAUCAAGGGUUUGGAGGCUGUUCUUGACAAAGCUGUGCAUACUGAAGAUGGCAAAAAGAUAACGAGGGGGAUAGACCUGGAGAGCAUGACCACUGGACAACGGGAUGCUUUACUGGUAUUCCGCACCCUGUGCAAGAUGGGUAUGAAGGAAGAUAGUGAUGAAGUCACGACCAAGACAAGGAUCUUGUCUCUAGAGCUUCUACAGGGUCUCUUAGAAGGAGUUAGCCACUCAUUUACCAAGAACUUCCACUUUAUUGAUUCUGUAAAAGCAUAUCUUUCUUAUGCUCUGUUGCGUGCUUCAGUUUCACAGUCUCCUGUUAUUUUUCAGUAUGCAACUGGAAUCUUCUCAGUACUUCUAUUGCGAUUCAGGGAAAGUCUCAAAGGCGAAGUUGGUGUGUUUUUUCCCUUGAUAGUUCUACGAUCAUUGGAUGGCUCAGAAUGUCCCAUUAACCAAAAAAUGAGUGUUCUUCGUAUGGUCGAGAAAGUAUGCAAGGAUCCUCAAAUGCUUGUUGAUGUAUAUGUGAACUAUGAUUGUGAUCUUGAGGCACCAAAUUUGUUUGAACGCAUGGUAAAUACACUGUCCAAAAUAGCUCAUGGGAGUCAAAGUGCAGAUCCAAAUUCUGUUGCUGUAUCUCAAGCUACAUCAAUUAAAGGAUCAUCGCUUCAGUGUUUAGUAAGUGUGCUGAAAUCACUGGUAGACUGGGAGAAGUCAUGUAGAGAAUCUGAGAAAAAGUUUAAGAGAGAUCCAUCUCUUGAGGAAUUUUCAACUGGAGAAUCUGUCGAAACAAAAGGCAGAGAAGAUGUACCCAAUAACUUUGAAAAGGCAAAGGCUCACAAAUCUACAAUGGAAGCUGCUAUAUUGGAGUUCAACCGGAAACCAACCAAGGGUAUAGAGUAUCUAAUAUUGAAUAAGCUGGUGGAAAAUACUCCUGCUUCAGUUGCCCAAUUUCUUAGAAAUACUCCAAAUUUGAAUAAGGCCAUGAUCGGUGAUUAUUUGGGUCAACACGAGGAAUUUCCCCUUGCUGUCAUGCAUGCUUAUGUGGAUUCCAUGAAGUUUUCAGAAAUGAUGUUUAGUACAGCAAUACGUGAAUUUCUUAAAGGGUUCCGACUUCCUGGAGAAGCUCAAAAGAUAGAUCGAAUCAUGGAAAAAUUUGCAGAAAGAUAUUGUGCAGAUAAUCCAGGUCUCUUCAAAAAUGCAGAUACUGCAUAUGUUCUUGCAUAUGCAGUUAUAAUGUUGAAUACCGAUGCACACAACCCAAUGGUGUGGCCUAAAAUGUCCAAGUCAGAUUUCGUACGCAUGAAUGCUAUGAAUGAUAGUGAAGAUUGUGCCCCAACAGAUCUAUUGGAAGAGAUAUAUGACUCCAUUGUUAAUGAAGAGAUAAAAUUGAAAGAUGAUGCAGCUGAUAUUGGGAAAAGCAGACAAAGGCCAGAAAGUGAAGAAAGGGGCCGCCUUGUCAACAUUUUAAAUUUAGAUCUCCCUAAAAGAAAGUCAUCGACUGAUGCCAAGUCUGACAAUGAAGCUAUAAUUAAGCAAACACAGGCAAUAUUCCGGAAGCAAGGAGCCAGGAGAGGAAUUUUCCAUUCCGUACAACAGGUUGAAAUUGUAAGACCUAUGGUUGAGGCUGUAGGGUGGCCGCUACUUGCUACAUUCUCAGUGACUAUGGAGGAAGGUGAUAAUAAACCAAGGAUUGUUCUCUGCAUGGAGGGAUUUAAAGCUGGAAUACACAUAGCACAUGUUCUUAGAAUGGAUACCAUGCGCUAUGCUUUCUUGACAUCAUUGGUUCGAUUUACUUUCUUGCACGCCCCAAAGGAAAUGCGUAGCAAAAAUGUAGAAGCACUGCGCACUUUACUUGCGCUGUGCGACUCGGAACCUGAUUCACUCCAAGACACAUGGAAUGCAGUUUUGGAAUGUGUUUCUCGGCUUGAAUUUAUUACUUCAACUCCAUCUAUUGCUGCAACUGUCAUGCAUGGAUCAAAUCAGAUAUCCAGGGAUGCUGUUCUUCAAUCCCUGAGAGAGCUGGCUGGGAAACCCGCUGAACAAGUUUUUGUCAAUAGUGUUAAGCUUCCCAGUGAUUCUGUUGUGGAAUUUUUCACUGCACUCUGUGGUGUAUCAGCUGAGGAAUUAAAGCAGACACCUGCUCGUGUGUUCAGUUUGCAAAAGCUUGUUGAGAUCAGCUAUUACAAUAUGGCUCGUAUACGCAUGGUUUGGGCUAGAAUAUGGUCCGUCCUUGCAAAUCAUUUUAUAUCUGCUGGAAGCCAUCGUGAUGAGAAAAUUGCUAUGUAUGCCAUUGAUUCUUUGAGGCAGCUUGGUAUGAAAUAUUUGGAGCGCGCCGAGCUUGCUAAUUUCAGUUUCCAGAAUGACAUUCUCAAGCCUUUUGUUGUUCUUAUGCGGAAUAGUAGAAGUGAUUCCAUUAGGAGACUAAUUGUUGACUGCAUUGUACAAAUGAUAAAAUCGAAAGUUGGAAGCAUAAAAUCCGGAUGGCGUAGUGUUUUUAUGAUUUUUACUGCAGCUGCAGAUGAUGAACUGGAGUCAAUUGUGGAAAGUGCCUUUGAAAAUGUCGAACAAGUUGUCUUGGAACACUUUGAUCAGGUUGUUGGGGAUUGUUUCAUGGACUGUGUUAACUGUCUUAUAAGGUUCGCCAACAACAAAACUUCUCACCGUAUAAGUCUGAAGGCUAUUGCACUUCUCCGCAUAUGUGAGGAUCGUUUGGCAGAGGGCCUCGUACCGGGCGGUGCUUUGAAGCCUAUAAAUGUUAAUGUUGAUGCAACUUUCGAUGUGACUGAGCAUUAUUGGUUCCCGAUGCUAGCCGGUUUAUCCGAUUUGACAUCAGAUGCAAGACCUGAGGUUAGGAGCUGUGCAUUAGAAGUUUUGUUUGAUCUACUGAACGAGAGAGGUAGCAAGUUUUCAACAUCAUUUUGGGAGAGUAUUUUCCAUCGUGUCUUGUUUCCCAUUUUUGAUCAUGUGAGACAUGCUGGAAAGGAAAGCUUAGUCUCUUCUGAUGAUGAGUGGUUUCGAGAAACCAGCAUUCAUUCCCUUCAGCUGCUUUGCAACCUUUUUAACUCAUUCUACAAGGAAGUAUGCUUCAUGUUGCCCCCACUUCUGAGUUUGCUUUUGGACUGCGCAAAGAAGACGGAUCAGACUGUGGUUUCAAUCUCUUUGGGUGCACUAGUACAUCUCAUAGAAGUUGGAGGUCACCAAUUUAGUGACAGCGACUGGGACACAUUAUUAAGAAGCAUAAGAGAUGCUUCAUACACAACACAACCCCUUGAGCUGCUUAAUGCUUUAAGCUUUGAGAAUGCUAAAAGCCCUUCUGUGCUAGUAGAUUCAGAGAUUAGCACUGGUGAUAGUGCAGACAACCAUAUUUUCGAUGGUGGUGAUCAUGCAUCUGUUGUGCAAGACCACAUUCAGGAAUUGGGAUCGCCGAGCAAUAAUGAUGGAUCUGAAGGGAAAGGUCAUAAACCUGAUCUUCAAAGGACCCAAACUAUAGGUCAAAAGAUAAUGGGAAAUAUGAUGGACAAUUUGUUCCUCAGAAAUCUUACCUCCAAAUCCAAGGCUCCUGCUUCCGAUGCCUCAGUUCCGUCAUCUCCAAUUAAGAUUCCUGAUUCUGUCGCGCCUGAUGCCAAAGGUGAGGAGGAAAGUCCAUUGAUGGUAACUAUUAGGGGCAAGUGCAUCACUCAAUUGUUACUUCUUGGUGCUAUUGAUAGUAUUCAGAAGAAGUACUGGACCAAGUUAAAAGCGUCACAAAAGAUUGCUGUAAUGGAUGUUUUGUUAUCCACCUUAGAGUUUGCUGCUUCAUAUAAUUCAUAUCCAAGCCUCAGAACCCGGAUGCACCACAUUCCUGUCGAGAGGCCACCGCUAAACCUUCUUCGUCAAGAAUUGGCAGGAACUAGCAUUUAUCUAGAUGUGUUGCAGAAAACAACUUCAGGUUUCUAUGCCAACAAGGAGCAACAAACAGAAUCUAAUACUUCAGAUCAAACUAGUUCAAGCUUUACUGGAGAAGCAACCGAGGAUGAGAAGCUUGAAGGAGUGGCAGAAGAGAAGUUGGUUUCUUUCUGUGAGCAGGUACUCAAGGAAGCAUCUGACCUCCAGUUUUCUGUAGGGGAGAUCACUAAUAUGGAUGUUCAUCGAGUUUUGGAGAUACGGUCACCCAUUAUUGUUAAGGUGCUCAAAGGCAUGUGCUUUAUGAAUAAUCAGAUAUUCAGAAGACAUUUGAGAGACUUCUAUCCUUUGCUUACAAAACUUGUGUGUUGUGAUCAGAUGGACAUUCGUGGAGCGCUAGGAGAUCUGUUCAGGGCGCAGUUAAAAUCUUUACUGCCAUUGUGAUUGUUAACAAUUUUCUUGGUAUUUAUUCGAGGGAUGACAUUUUUAGCAAAUGACGUACCAUCAGAAACAAACUGUCCCAGAAAUUCAGUUAAAUCUUCGAGUGUUACUCAACAGACGUUUCUUUUGCAGAUUUAAGUAUCUAGCUAGAAGCCAUUGUUUUCUUGUAAAGAGUUUAGAGAGAGAUAGGAAGGUAUAGGAGUUCUUGUAUAAUUUUUGUCUGUGAUAUAUGAAUUUUAGAUUCUCAAAUUAUUCCGUGACGAACAUCAGAUAUGUCUAUAUAUGUUCUUAGCACCUUAAAGUGCUUUACAAACCUCAAUUAUCUGUAUCCGCCUGACCUGGCUAAUUUUGAACCCAUAGUAUUCAUUCUGUAAUUGAAACUGAAUGUACUUAGCAAUGAAAUACAUUAUUACCUGAUGCA